AAAUAUAUAAAUUAUAAUAUACAUGUGAAUGUAGGAACGUAUGUUUGGAUAGCAAAGCAGUUUUGGGCGUUGGAGACAUUCCCUAAUGGCCUUGUUUUCAGUCAAACGUUUGGGUUAUUCCGACCCUAUACAUCAUACAAAUAUAUUCUUGAUCAGCAUCAACAGCCGAGUCAAUCUAGCCAAAGUUCUGCCUUGUUAACAUAGAAAAAAGAGAACAAAAAUGCCUUUCGAAUAGAUUUUUAAUGAUUGAUUUCAUAUCCCUGUUUAGAAUGCAAUCUGCAAAAGAAUACAAACAUUCAGAUUUCCAAAGCUAACCUUUUUUCAUAUUUACUUUAUUUUCCAUCUUAAUUUUACAUAUUUAAUUCCAAAUUUAGUUCUCCUUGUUUACUAAAAAGAAUUACUUCAUCCUCGUAAGCUACAUAUUAUUGUUUUUUAUAAUUUGAUUGCUUGAAUUUUUCUGAAUCAUAAUUAUGAUUAACUAAAAGUACCAAGUACCAAUGGUCAUUGAUAAAGCAGCUCUGUGAUCUUGCUGAGGGUUGUUUAUUCUAGAUUCUAUAGAAUCUAUAGAAACUAAGACCGCACAGUGACUUUUCUAGAUUUUCUGGACUUCACCCUCACUUCCGAGCACACAAUGUUGUCGCCACAAAAAUACCCAUUGCCUUUUCCGAGUGCACAGCUGGUGGCGAAGUUGACGUACUACCUGGGCCAGAGUCAAGACAAGGGCUGGAGGGGUUUGAGGGGCGCAGGGUGGGCUGCCUGGUACGGAGGUGGGGCUGUGCUGGCGGGGAAUUCGCUUUGCGGUACGAAGUGCAAGUCAGGCAGACGGCACUGCGGCGAUAACGCUUGCCCCCCAAAGAGCGAUCAUCGGGCGCACACAUGCAGGAUUGGCUGGCUGGCUUGCUGGUUUUCCACUUGUGCGUUGAUAAGCACACCCAGACCGCCACCCGGCUUCUCCUGCCCCCGGCCCUCCCACACCCAGCACGGAGUUACACUCCCGUAGUGUGUGCUUUUGCCCCAGAUCCACAUUUGCCCCAGUCUGGGUCUAGAUUUUUUUUCCACCGCGUACGCUCGCACGCACCUGCUCCGCUCCGCUCGGCUCUCUAGUGUUUUGGUUCCGACAGCCAGCACCGUGCUCCCCUGGCCCGUCUGCAGCCUUCGGCGCUGAUAAGAGGCUACUACCAUGUCCGUCUGGCUGUUCUUAUCAGCGGCCGGGUUUCGCAUAUUACCCGAACGCCAGCAGGCGGGCGGCUCAUUCGAUCGCCGAGCGCCUUAGCGAGAGCACCAGUCUCCCAAUCUUCUUCUGAAAACCUGCUCCCACCAUGGAUAUCAUAGUACAAAAGUCAAUCUUCAACAGCGGCCCGGCCAGAGGCCCGAUAUACGAGCCCGCCGGCUACUACACUCCGUACAACACCCCGCCGUACAUAGCUCCGUACUCACCGGACCCGGGCACUUGGCUGGCGGAUCACCAGCCGCAGCACCAGCAGAUGCAGCACAUCAGGUUCCCAACUCCGCCCAUAACGCCGCCGCGUCCAGCCACCGGAUACGGCUCCGGUCAAGCCCACCUCUCGCCCGCCGCCCACCGUCACCACCGCAGCGAGUCCGUCAUCAUGAAGGCCCAAGGCCACAAGGACGAGAUGUGUCCCAGCAGUCCCGUGGAGUACCAUGAUGAUAGCAAGUCCUGCAGCAGUGCCAGCGAGUGUGGCACCAGUCAUGACUUUGUGUGCAACUGGAUCGAUUGCGAUAGGGUCUUUGACACACUGGAGGCCCUUGCCCAGCACGUCACCCAGCGACAUGCCAUUGCCUCUAUCAGCGACGGACUCUACUACUGCCGCUGGCGGGGAUGCCAGCGCAGUGAGCGGGGCUUCAAUGCCCGCUACAAGAUGCUCGUCCACACCCGCACUCACACCAAGGAGAAGCCGCAUCGCUGCCAUCUGUGCGAGAAGUCCUUUUCGCGGGCGGAGAACCUCAAAAUUCACAUCCGCUCGCACUCCGGAGAGAAGCCCUACAAGUGCAGCUUCGAGGGCUGCCAGAAGGCGUACUCCAACUCCUCGGAUCGCUUCAAGCACACGCGCACCCACUCCAUGGAGAAGCCGUACAUGUGCAAGGUGGCUGGCUGCCAGAAGCGCUACACAGAUCCCUCGUCCCUGCGUAAGCACGUGAAGACCUUCAAGCACAGCAUCCACCUGAUCGCCAGCCAGCCCCUCACCCUGCCCACGCACGCCAUGCCCCGCCUCCUCGAAGCCAGCAGCGACUCGGCUUUCAUGUGCCUGCCCGCCGCCGCCGGCAGCGUAGAGUCCACCUGCUCCUCCACCUCUGCCCGCUACUAUGACGACGCCAAUAACGAGCCCAGCGACUACUCGCUGAAGCCCAAGCCGGAUGCGGAGUACUCGCCCAGCUACUGGCUAAGCGAACGGCAGCACAGUUACCUCCAAGGCGAGGACGACUUUUACGUCAAGAUGGACGUGGAGUCGCCCCUGGAUCUGCGCAUGCACAGAAUUUGAACUGGCAACUGAUGAUGCUCCUGUUCGCCCCUCGUCUCUCUCUUCCCCGUUUCUAGUCAUUGUGUGCUGUCCCCCAGCUCUUGUCACUACUCCUAGAUUACUGUUUAACCUGAUUAAAGACUGUUGUAUUUAAAAAGA